GCCUCGCGGGUAGAUAAGUCUUCGGUGGCCCAAACCUUCUAACCUUCCCAAUUGACCUGGUGAGCACCUGGGCAGCAUGUGGCCGCCUCCGCAAUUUAGCUGCAGGCGCAUGGUUUUUGCCGCUGCCUGUCCUCGGGCCAUUUCACGGGAGCAUUUAGAGGAGAGCAAGAGGUAGAAUAAAUGCUGUCUUUUGCUCGUCUAUCUGCCCGUCUCGAGCUAUCUAUUGCUUACUGUUCACGUUGGAUUGACUGUAUCCAGCACGCGUCAACAUGUGCUUGGGCAUGCUCUUCACCGCGUUUAAUGGACUUGGAGGCGGAUCAGCGAUCGACACUCCCCUCUCGCGAGCAUUCCAAUCAAACCCAAACCCUUCCCUUCAAUGGGAACCCAUUACUUGACCAUUUGCAUAGACGUCGAUUACGUGAGAGGCUUCACCAGCAAACCUCAAUCGGCAUUGUGCCGUAUCAGCUGCCUGGUCAAGCUCAUGCAAAUGGCUGCUGCCAAUGGCUCAACGGCGCGGAUACGACCUGGACGCUGGGGCGGAUAAAUGCAGUGUGCGCGUGGUUUGCCUGCGACACCAGUCAGUCUACACGUGGGGUCAGUCAAAUCCCGAGUUCGUCGAUUAUCGUAAUUGCGUGCUUUACUUGAGACCUUUGCUGGCCCGUUAUUCUUUUGACGUGCUGGUGCUGGCGUACACUCAAUCCACGUCAUUAUCCUGCUCCCGUCGCCAACCUUGCAGCCCGCGCUCGGUAUCGUCGUAGGCGUCGCCCCUCCGUCCUCUCGUUCAC